AAAAGAUUCCUUCUUCUUCUUCUCUCUCUCUCUCUCUCUCUCUCUCUCUCUCCAGAAUUGAGAGUACUAUCAUCUUCUUCAUCAUUGCUCCUAUUUCAAGCACUUCUUCCUUCUUUAAUGGCGGCAGAAUCCAACCCAGCAAGUUCCUCACACAACCUAAGGAUUUCCGUCGAAAGAAACCCAUCUGAGUCGCGGCUAAACGAACUGAACAUCAAGUGUUGGCCCAAAUGGGGUUGCUCACCGGGAAAGUUCCAGCUGAAGUUUCAUGCGGAAGAAACAUGCUAUUUAUUGAAAGGAAAAGUGAAGGUAUACACCAAAGGGUCAUCGGAGUUUGUGGAGUUCGGUGCCGGAGACCUUGUUACGAUCCCCAAGGGACUGAGUUGCACUUGGGAUGUCUCUGUCGCAGUCGACAAAUACUACAAAUUCGAAUCAAACUCAUCAUGAUCAUGAUCAUGUUCAUCUCUUCUUCUUGAUUAUAAUUAUUCUUUCAAAAAAACUUAAAAGAGAUUUUUAUUUCUUUAUAUUUUGGUUUAUAUUUCUAAAGCCUUUUCAGUUUGUAGUUAUAUUAAUAUCUUUAGUCAAAGAAAGGGAAACCAGUUAGUCAAUGCAUUCCCCUUUCAAACUAAUAUCUUCUUUACGUGUUUAAGUAAAGUAUUUAUUGUUCCUUUGACUGGUCAACGCUUGAUAUUUAUUUAUUUUAUUCAGAUGCUUCUUCUGUA